AUGACUGACUCCACGCCGCCGCGCAAGCGUUCGCGCGCCGCCUGCGUCUCCUGUCAGGCCCGCAAGCGUAAAUGCUCGGGCGACCAGCCAUGCUCAACUUGCGCCCAAGCUGGCGUCGAAUGCAUCUACAGCACCGUGCCCAAGAAGCGCGCCCGAUCGAACAGUCUGUACCGUCCAAGCCUCUCUGCGCCCGACGACCAACGACCAGCCCUGGAUGGCUAUUCUGCACUCCAAACUCGAGCAACAGGCAAAAGUUACUCGCUCGAGGCCAAUUCCGGCGCCGCGUUUGUGCGAAAGCUAGGGCUGCGAAUUGACCCGGCGCACGCGCCGCGCCUGCAUCUUUUCGCAUGGAACGUCGGCGAGCGGCGGCGGUCACCCGGACUGUCCGUUUCGGCGCCGACACCGUCGACCAUCACCAAGAUUGUUUCACAAGAAGAGAUGCAGCGCUUGACCGGGGUUUUCUUCGACAAGAUCCAUUCAUGCUACAACUUCCUGGAAAAGGAGACUGUCUCCGCCCUGAUCGCAAAGCGAUGGUCCAUUGACUCGCCAGAUCAAUCCUAUGAUGCGGUAUUAUGCGGCGUCGCAGCCUUGGGACAUCUCUUCUCACAACGCGAGAUAGUAGCAACAGAACUACAGCUCGUGGAGGCAGCGCGCAUCCUCCUGGAGAAGAGCGUCUUGUCCGCCGAGACCCCUUCCGUGGACACUGUAUCAGGCUGGGUCCUCCGCGCCGCGUAUCUUCGCAUGACUGCCCCUCCGCAUGCAGCCUGGAUGGUCAGUUGCACACUGAUGCACCUCGUCGAAGCCGCUGGUCUCCAUCUCGAACCCCAGGACCGCGAGGCAGCAGGACUCCUCGCCACUCGCCCCAACGGCGACAGCACCGCCUCCAGCAACCAGGAGACCCGCCGGCGGCUGUUCGGCAUGGCACGUCACCUCAACACCUGGAUCUCAUUUGACCUCGGCCGCUCGCGCAUCGUCCUCCACGGCGCCACGGCUCUCCCCCCAACCCCCGCGGCCCACCAAUGGCAGCACCCCAAGGCGCACGCGCAGACCUCUUCCAUCUCCUCCCCCUCUCUGAAAGCCUCGACCCAACCGGCCCAGCACCGCAGGAUCUCCCAGAACUCGAGACAGCCCUCACCGCAGUGCUCGAUCUCGUUUACCCCGGCCCAUCCCUAA